AUGAAGAGUUGUUUGGAAGCAUUUGAGAAAUUGACAAGACAGAGGACUUGUCCUUUGUGUAGAUGCAGUGACUACGAAACCAGACUCAUCAGCUCCGCAAGGCCAUUUUAUCUGAACAAAUGUGCCAUGAAGAUCCAGUCAACCUGGAAGAUGUAUAGGUGUAUGAAGGUUUAUGAGGAACACCUGAGGAAUAACCCGCCUAAGCAUCCAACUCUUAAAAAGAAAUAUUUCGAAGGAAAAUUAUCGAGCAUAGUGGACAAAGUGGUAGCGACGGUGAACUUGGAUGUGGAUGGAUUGAUGGAGGAAAUGAAUACAUGCAUCACCAGAAGCAGACGAAUAAACCGUAAGUUGAUGAGCGAGGAUGAUGAUGUUGACUGGGCAGCUGUUAAGAUCAAGAAGAACGGUUUCUACAACAACGACACCAACAGCAGCAGCAAUGAAAGCAGCCGCAGCAGCUACAGAAACGCUUCUAGCAACAAAACCAACAAGACAAAAAUUGACUGCACCGACAAUAAUGUCAACAUUCACAAAAACAACAAUAAAAAGAAAAUUCACAAGACUAAGAUUAAUCGUAACAUCAACGCCAAUAACGCUACCAGCAACAACAUUUUCAACGGCAACAACAACGACGAAAACAACAGCCUGGCAACUAAACCAUCAAUAAGGUCUACAUCAGCCAGCACACCAUUCUACAUCCUCUCUUGCUCCCACGUCUACCACAAACCAUGCUUCGACACACUUGAGAUGUUUGCAAUUGAAACAUUGACAGCCUCUGAACUCGUCUGCCCGGUCAUUCCUAAGUGUGGAACUGAUUCAGAUCAAUUUACAGUUUUACACAUAAUCGGCAUUGAUCGUCGUUGUCGCAGAGUCUUAUUCUUGUUUGGUAGUCUUUUGGAGUCAUAUGAUGUCUAG